AUGCGGGCGGUGCCUGAGGGGCUGGAGGCGCUGGAGGAGCUCGACGUGAGAGGCUGCGGCUCGCUGGCCGUCGGCUCGCUGCGCAACGCUCCCACGGUGUGCGUGCUGAGGGUUGACAGCGCUGGGCUGCGGAGGGUGCCGGAGGAGCUGACGGCGCUGGAGGAGCUGGACCUGAGCGGCUUCCCGGGAGAAAUCACGGAGGGCUUCUUCCUGGCGCUGCCGGCAACGCCUAACUGUGCGAGGCUGCUUGUGUUGAUCGCUGCGUCCGCUGACACGUCGAUCGUCGCCGUGCUCGGCGCGCGCAUAGUCGUGCAUGUUGCUGCGUGGGCGGGUGAGCGAGCGACCGCCUGCUGCGUCCUUUUCACAACUGUUGAUGCCUGGCAUGGACGGACCGUCCACAAGAACACCGUUUAG